AUGCCGUUCGAAUGCCCCGCGUGUAAAAAUGAAUAUAUCGAUAUUCUCGAUCAUAUUCGUAAAAAACACCCUACUGAUUCCUUUACAGAGCUUCAAUUACAGCCUAUAGGCCUUGUUCCCUGCCCUACCUGUGCUACAGCGUGUAAAGGAGCCCACGGGAUUAAGACUCAUAGCGCUAAAAUCCACGGAAUCACCGGUAGCUCUAGGGUAUCAACGCAGCACCGAAUCCAUACUACCCCCUCUGCCUCAGCACCCUUAGACGCUGAAAUCGACGAUUCUAUAGGCACCCCCUACCCUGUAAUCGAUUUCCCUCAGCUACUAGCACCCUUUCGAGCCGCUACCCCUAAGGCCAGAGCCUCUCUAGGCCUUUCAGGCUCUGAAUACCCUACAGCUCCAGGGGCUACAGGCCUGUAUAAGUCGCCUCCAGCACCUACAAGCCGAAAUCUCAGUACCCCUCCACCCCUACCAAGCCCCCCAUUCGAUAUCUACCCAGGCUUUACAGGCUCUCUGUCCCCUGUAACUUCAGCACCAAAUAGCCCUAAAUCGCCUACCUACGCCCAAGUUACCGCCACCCCUCUAGGCUCUAAGCCUUCAGCACCUACAGGCUCCAAGCACCCUACGGCUUCAGGCUCCAAGACCCCUGUACCUUCAGUACCUACAGGCUCUAAGCACCCUACGGCUCCAGGCUCCAAGUACCCCGCACCUUCAGCACCUGCAGGCUCCAAGACCCCAGCACCUUCAGCACCUACAGGCUCUAAGCACCCUACGGCUCCAGGCUCCAAGUACCCCGCACCUUCAGCACCUGCAGGCUCCAAGCACCCUACGGCUCCAGGCUCCAAGUACCCCGCACCUUCAGCACCUACAGGCUCUAAGCACCCUACGGCUUCAGGCUCCAAGUACCCCGCACCUUCAGCACCUGCAGGCUCCAAGCACCCUACGGCUUCAGGCUCCAAGACCCCUGUACCUUCAGUACCUACAGGCUCUAAGCACCCUACGGCUCCAGGCUCCAAGUACCCCGCACCUUCAGCACCUGCAGGCUCCAAGACCCCAGCACCUUCAGCACCUACAGGCUCUAAGCACCCUACGGCUCCAGGCUCCAAGUACCCCGCACCUUCAGCACCUACAGGCUCUAAGCACCCUACGGCUUCAGGCUCCAAGUACCCCGCACCUUCAACACCUACAGGCUCUAAGCACCCUACGCCUUCAGGCUCCAAGUACCCCGCACCUUCAGCACCUACAGGCUCUAAGACCCCUGUACCGUCAGUACCUACAGGCUCCAAGUACCCGACGGCUCUAGGCCCCGACCUCCCUACAGGCACCCGAAGGAUUCAGACCCCACGGGGUAUUUGGUACUCGAUUCCAGGGGAAGUAGACGCUAUACUCCCAGCGUACGACGGCCCUACAGGCCCUGAACCAGACUCCCUCCUAGGCUCUCGACCCCCCACGCCUACAGGCUCUACGUCACCUAUAUACGCCCAAAUCGUCGCUACAGGCUAUAUACCCCCGAAGCCGUCCACUAAACGCCCUGCAAGAACACCCUCCCCAGGGGCUCAACGCCCUACGACACGCCAAAAGAUAGGCCCUACGCAGCCUAUAGAGCCUAUAAUCAAAGACAGCUCGUCCGACGAAGAUCUUUAUAGUGCCUCUACAGCGCUAUCGUCCCCUACCCCUAGCUUUGAAGACGCUAUCUCAACGCCUAUACCAACUACACCUACCGAUAAGACGCCUACCACACCUAGCCUACCCUCUGAUAGCCCCUACUUCCCUCGACUAUCACGACUCUUCUCCCCCAACAACCCCUACAACACACCUACCCUCCAAAACUACCACAACUCACCUACCCUCUAA